UGGGCACAUGUCCUUUCAGGGUCUCCGUACUGCACUGACGAAGUCAGACAGACCCGGAUGCUUUUGAAGAAUACGUUCGAUUGGAAGAUUAAGAGACGCCAUAGUCAAGAGAAAAAAGGUGAAGUCUGGUCUGUGGUUUAUGUCCGACUUGAGUUAAACCAUGUCGCAGAUGUCUUUUGGAUUUCCUCACGAUGUAACACGGUACUAUGAGGCAGGAGGUUUAAUAUACAUGUUCAAGUUCAAAGGUGGAAGCUGCUUGAGAGGACAAAUGGAGACCGAGAGUUUUGCCCGAGAAUUGGAGGAAAUCGUCCGAACUGUUCUUGGAAAUCUGCAGAACCUGCAACCGUUUUCUAGCACACACUUUAACAUCUUUCCCUAUCAGGAGAGGUGGCAUGGAGCCUCACAGGUGUCGUGCCACAAUGCUCACAACAACCUGAAAGCCUAUCCGUUUGUUCUCAUUCUGCAUCUUGAAGAAAAUAAGGCCUAUGUGAAGCAAACAGGGCAUGAGAGGGGCAGAGGUAAAGAAGAUGCUGCCGAUGCCAGUGAACUGACACGCCAUGACAGAAUUGGAACACUGGAGGACGCUGUACUUCAGGAUAUGAUGAACGACUCGGUUGUUGAGCGCAGAGAUGCAGAAAUGGGAUGGCGUAAUGACACUCCACACACUUCGGAGACUGAUGAAAAAAACUCCUCUGACUUGGUUACAGAAGAGGACUCCAUGUCGGAAAACAACCAGACACCGGCGUUCGGAUGUAUUCCAGAAGAAGCAGUGGAUUCAUCUGAGGAAGAGGAGAUAGAAGAAGACCAAAACCACGAAGGACCAGGAUUUUGGAAUCGUCUUCUCCAGAACAUCUUUCCUUUCUCCCUUUUCCAGAGAGACACCUGAAAGUCUUCCACUGCUCCAGUCAGGGUUUGUUAGUUUGUCGGCAGGUUUUUCAGUGAGCAAGUUCAAACUUUUAAUCUGCUGCUAAAAUAUUUGGCUACAUCAGGCCAGUUUGUUCUGUAUUUAUUGAAAACCUACUGUUGUGCUGUUUCAUUAAAGUUCAAGAGUGCCUCCCUGUUUCAUGUGAGCUUCAAUAAUUUAUCUGCAGUUCUUGUUUUGAUGGAUGCUUGAUCAGCCCUGCGCUCUCUCUCACUGUUUGGCAGGAAACCAGGUGGCCCUUCACAUGGUGAUGUCACACAUUCCGUUUUCCAUUGACAUAACAAGAUGGUGAAUGUUAGGGGUAAAGGGGCCAUACCAUGAUAAUUGUGUUUUUCCAAGGGCCUGUGUGUGUUUCUUGCAAUCGCUCAACCAUACUCUCACUAAUGUCUCUUAAUAGCUAGAUCAUUGUUUUGGAGCAAUUUUUUUCUGUAUAUGAGCUUCAUCUUUUUUUUCCAGAUGAAGACAGUAUCUACUUUAUGUAUAACUCACUCAUCCUUGUAAUAACA